UCUAAGCUGGGAAUCAGCACUCUGAAUGCUUCUUAAAAGAAGGAAGCAUUUUAGGUAAGAUCUAGGGGCAGAGAUCUUCAGAUGAGGGCAUCAUUCUAGCGCAAGUCAGUCAGAAAGAUCUAACUCGAGUUUAUUUAACAAAAUCAUCUGGGUUGAUGGUAUACCGAGUUAAAGAGACUGCACCUUCUUGAACCGGGUCUGAACAAUGGAGACUGCGCCAUCAAAAACGCUACAGAAAAGGCAAGUUAUCUUUCUUGCUGUUUUGUUGCUUUUGUGGGAGGCUGGCUCUGAAGCAAUUAGGUAUUCCAUGCCAGAAGAAACAGAAAGUGGGUCCUUUGUGGCCAACUUGUCAAGAGACCUGGGGCUCAGGGUGGGGGAACUGGCCGCUCGGGGUGCACGAAUCCAUUACAAAGGAAACAAACAGCUCUUCCAGUUGGAUAAAACGACCGGGAAUUUGCUUCUAUAUGAAAAACUAGACCGGGAGGGGCUGUGCGGGGCGACAGAUACCUGUAUACUGCACUUCCAGCUAUUACUGGAAAACCCGGUGCAAUUUUUUCAAGCUGAGCUGCAGCUCACAGAUAUAAACGACCAUUCCCCAGAGUUCCUAGAAAGGGAAAUGCUCCUAAAAAUCCCAGAAAACGUCCAGAGAGGGACUGUAUUUUCUUUGAAAACAGCUCAGGAUUUUGACAUAGGUAGCAACACUAUUCAGAACUACACAAUCAGCACCAACUCCCAUUUUCAUGUUGUCACUCAUAAUCGCGGAGAUGGUAGAAAAUACCCAGAGCUGGUGCUAGAAAAAGCGCUGGAUAGGGAGGAGCAGCCCGAGCUCAGGUUAACCCUCACAGCGCUGGAUGGUGGGGCUCCGCCCAGGUCUGGGACCACUACAGUUCAUAUUGAAGUCGUGGAUAUCAAUGAUAACGCCCCUGAGUUUUUACAGUCGCUUUAUGAGGUAGAGAUCCCAGAAAACAGCCCCCUAAACUCUUUAGUUGUUGUUGUCUCAGCCAGAGAUUUAGAUGCAGGAACGAAUGGGAAUGUAGCCUAUGCUCUAUUCCAAGGUGAUGAAGUUACUCAACCGUUUGUAAUAGACAAAGUAACAGGAGAAAUUCGUCUGAAAAAGGCAUUGGAUUUUGAGGUAACUCGAUAUUAUAACGUGGAGAUUGCAGCCACAGACGGCGGGGGCCUUUCAGGAAAAUGCACUGUAGCUAUAGAGGUGGUGGAUGUGAAUGACAACGCCCCUGAACUGACCAUGUCGACGCUCACCAGCUCUACCCCAGAAAACUUCCCAGAAACCGUAGUUGCUGUUUUCAGUGUUUCUGAUCCAGAUUCUGGGGACAACGGUAGGAUGGUUUGCGCCAUCCAGAAUGAUCUCCCUUUUCUCCUGAAACCCACAUUCAAAAACUUUUACACCCUAGUAACAGAGAGGCCACUGGACAGAGAGAGCAAAGCCGAAUACAACAUCACCAUCACCGUCACAGACAUGGGGACUCCCAGGCUGAAAACCCAGCACAACAUAACGGUGCUGGUGUCCGACGUCAACGACAACGCCCCCGCCUUCACCCAGGCCUCCUACACCCUGCGGGUCCGCGAGAACAACAGCCCCGCCCUGCACAUCGGCACCGUCAGCGCCACAGACACAGACGCCGGCGCCAACGCCCAGGUCACCUACUCGCUGCUGCCGCCCGCCGACCCGCACGUGCCCCUGGCCUCCCUCGUGUCCAUCAACGCCGACAACGGCCACCUGUUCGCCCUGCGGUCCCUGGACUACGAGGCCCUGCGCGCCUUCGAGUUCCGCGUGGGCGCCGCCGACCGCGGCUCGCCGCCGCUGAGCAGCCAGGCGCUGGUGCGCGUGCUCGUGGAGGACGACAACGACAACGCGCCCUUCGUGCUGUACCCGCUGCAGAACACCUCGGCGCCCUGCACCGAGCUGCUGCCCAGGGCGGCCGAGCCGGGUUACCUGGUGACCAAGGUGGUGGCGGUGGACGGCGACGCGGGCCAGAACGCCUGGCUGUCGUACCAGCUGCUCAAGGCCACGGAGCCCGGGCUGUUCGGCGUGUGGGCGCACAACGGCGAGGUGCGCACGGCCAGGCCGCUGAGCGAGCGCGACGCGGCCAGGCACAGGCUGCUGGUGCUGGUCAAGGACAAUGGCGAGCCGCCGCUGUCGGCCAGCGUCACGCUGCACGUGCUGCUGGUGGACGGCUUCUCGCAGCCCCACCUGCCGCCCCCGGAAGCGGAAGCGGAGGCGGCGGCCGCGGCGCCGGCCGACCCGCUAACCGUCUACCUGGUGGUGGCCUUGGCGUCCGUGUCGUCGCUCUUCCUCUUCUCGGUGCUGGUGUUCGUGGCGGUGCGGCUGUGCGGGCGGGGCGGGGCUGCGCGGGCGGGUCGCUGCUCGGUGCCCGAGGGCCCCUUCCCGGGCCACCUGGUGGACGUCAGCGGCACCGGCACCCUAUCCCACAGCUACCAGUACCAGGUGCGUCUGACUGGAGGCUCCGGGUUAAAUGAGUUUAAAUUCUUGAAGCCUGCUCUCCCCAACCUCCCUACCCGGGGCGCUGGUGAAGAAAUAGAGGCAAACGCCACCUUCCGGAAUAGCUUUGGAUUUAAUUAGGGAUCUGAUCGUGAUGCGAUGGAUUUUGUCAAUUAUCUCUAAUUUCCCCAGACAAAAAAUUUGAUAACGUCAUGGAGAAAAAUUCCACCUUCAGUUAUAGCCUUGGUUUCCCUUUUGUAAUGUCCACUUAACUUUACAUUGUCCAGUUUGGGGAAAACUGAAUUCUACUGUCACUGAAUUUAUUUAGAGUGCCAUUCCAAAUCCUUGCAUGCUGUUGAUUUUCCUGAAAUUUUUGCUCCUUCUGUUGGUAUUUGUUGCAA